UAGUUAGUGUAUAAAAAUGGUUAAUUUUACGAUAGAUCAAAUUCGAAUGCUUAUGGACCGUCCAAGCAAUAUUCGUAAUAUGUCAGUUAUUGCUCAUGUAGAUCAUGGGAAAUCUACAUUAACGGAUUCACUUGUUCAAAAGGCCGGUAUUAUUUCAGCAGCAAGUGCAGGAAAUGCACGAUUUACGGAUACAAGACCAGAUGAACAAGAACGAGGGGUUACAAUUAAAUCUACAGCGAUAUCAUUAUACGCAGAAUUGGAUCAUGAAAGUGUAAAGGAUAUACCACAUAAGACGGAAUCGAAUGAGUUUUUGAUUAAUUUAAUUGAUUCGCCAGGACAUGUUGAUUUUUCAUCAGAAGUGACCGCUGCUUUACGAGUGACAGAUGGAGCAUUAGUUGUAGUUGAUUGUGUCGAAGGUGUUUGUGUUCAGACGGAAACUGUUUUGAGACAAGCAUUAGCAGAACGUAUUAAACCUGUUGUUAUUAUAAAUAAAGUAGAUAGAGCAUUACUUGAACUACAAAUAUCAAAAGAGGAUUUAUAUCAAUCUUUUUCAAGAACAAUUGAGUCAGUAAAUGUAAUUAUAUCUACAUAUUUUGAUAAAGCUAUUGGAGAUGUUCAAGUAUAUCCAGAUAAGGGUACAGUUGCUUUUGGCUCAGGUUUACAUGGAUGGGCAUUUACUAUUAGACAAUUUGCUGUUAGAUAUGCUAAGAAAUUUGGGGUAGAUAAAGCUAAAAUGAUGGAAAGAUUUUGGGGUGAUAAUUUUUUCAAUCCUAAAACGAAAAAGUGGACAAAAUGUGCCACAGAUGCAGAUGGAAAGCCUCUUGAAAGAGCCUUUAAUCAAUUCGUAUUGGAUCCUAUAUUUAGAAUUUUUUCCGCUGUAAUGAAUUUUAAAAAAGAUGAAGUAAUAUCUUUACUCCAAAAGCUAGAUAUUACUCUUAAUUCUGAAGAGCGUGAACAAGAAGGAAAAGCACUUUUAAAAAUAGUUAUGCGCAAGUUUUUGCCAGCAGCAGAUGCUCUUUUAGAAAUGAUGGUUAUUCAUUUACCUUCGCCUGAGAUAGCUCAAAAAUACCGAUGUGAAACUUUAUAUGAAGGUCCACAGGAUGACGAAUGCGCAGUCGGAAUUAAAGCAUGUGAUCCCAAAGCGCCUCUAAUGAUUUAUGUUUCAAAAAUGGUUCCUACUUCAGAUAAAGGACGAUUUUAUGCAUUUGGUCGUGUUUUCUCUGGAACAGUACGUUCUGGUCUAAAAGUUCGUAUUCAAGGCCCAAAUUAUAUUCAAGGGAAAAAGGAUGAUCUAUUCAUUAAAAAUAUUCAAAGAACUGUUUUAAUGAUGGGUCGUUAUGUUGAAGCUAUUGAAGAUUGUCCGGCUGGUAACAUUGUUGGUCUUGUGGGUGUAGAUCAAUUCUUACUAAAAAGUGGCACUUUAACUACUUCUGAAGUGGCAUAUAAUUUAAAAGUUAUGAAAUUUUCAGUAUCCCCUGUUGUACAAGUGGCUGUUGAUGUUAAAAAUGCGAAUGAUUUACCUAAGCUUGUCGAAGGCCUUAAACGAUUAUCCAAAUCUGAUCCAUGUGUUCUUUGUUAUACAUCAGAAUCAGGAGAACAUAUAGUUGCUGGUGCAGGUGAAUUACAUCUUGAAAUUUGCUUGAAGGACUUGGAAGAAGAUCAUGCUUGCAUUCCAUUAAAAAAAUCGCCACCUGUAGUUUCUUAUCGAGAAACAGUUACUUCAGUUUCAAGUAUGAUUGCUUUAUCUAAAUCUCCUAAUAAACAUAAUCGUAUUUUCAUGACUGCUGAACCUAUUACUGAAGAGCUUUCAUUAGCUAUUGAAUCAGGAAAAAUUUCUGCACGAGAUGAUUUUAAAGUUCGCUCAAGAAUUAUGGCAGAUGAGUUUGGUUGGGAAAUAACAGAUGCACGGAAAAUAUGGUGUUUUGGACCUGAAACUAUUGGACCGAAUUUAGUUGUUGAUCAAACUAAAUCUAUUGCUUAUUUAAGUGAAAUUAAGGAUUCUGUUGUGGGAGCAUUUCAAUGGGCAACAAAAGAAGGGCCAUUGGCCGAAGAGAAUAUGCGAUCUUGUAGAUAUAACAUUUUAGAUGUUGUUUUACAUGCAGAUGCUAUCCAUCGUGGCGGUGGUCAAAUUAUACCUACAGCAAGACGAGUAGUUUAUGCAUCAAUGUUGCUUGCUAAUCCUUGUUUACAAGAGCCCGUUUUCUUAACAGAAAUUCAGUGUCCUGAACAAGCAAUGGGUGGUAUUUAUGGAGUUUUAAAUAGACGUCGGGGCCAUGUUUUUUCUGAGGAACAAAGACCAGGAACGCCUCUUUUUAAUAUCAAAGCCUAUUUACCUGUUCUUGAGUCUUUUGGUUUUACUGCUGAAUUGCGUCAAGCAACUGGAGGACAAGCUUUCCCUCAGACAGUGUUUGAUCAUUGGGAUACUAUGAGUGGUUCUCCAUUAGAUGCAACAUCGAAGGUUGGUUUAAUAGUUACAGAUAUAAGAAAACGAAAAGGUUUAAAAGAAACCGUUCCUUCAUAUGAAGAGUAUUAUGAUAAACUUUAAAAAUUGAGUAAUUAAAUAUCAAUGUCAUUUUGUUUGAGCUGA